AUGAGUUUUACACCACCACCACCACUUGUCUUUGCUGGUGAGAACUACCACAUUUGGGUAGUGAAGAUGAAGACUUACUUGCAAGCACAUGACUUGUGGAAUGUAGUUGAGAAUGACACAAAACCAGCUCCAUUGAGGGCCAAUCCCACUAUUGCACAAAUCAGACAACAUAGUGAAGAGUGUGCUAAGAAGCACAAAGCAAUGUCAUUCAUACAAAAUGGAGUGUCUGAUCUGAAGGAAGAGUUUCUAGGGUCAGACAAAACCAGGCAGCAGCAGUUGAUCAACCUCAAGAGAGACUUUGAGAACUUGAAGAUGAGAGAGUUUGAAACUAUUAAACAGUACUCUGAUAGAAUAAUGACCAUAGUCAACAACAUCAGGCUCUUUGGAAAUGAUUUCAGUGAGGGCAAAAUUGUUGAAAAGGUCAUUACAACCCUUUCUGAAAAAUUUGAAGCAAAAAUCUCCUUAUUAGAAGACUUGAGAGACUUAUCAACCAUUUUAUUGCCUGAGUUGAUAAAUGUUCUAUAUGCACUAGAGCAAAUAAUGGCCAAUAGGCUACAGGAGCAUCCUGAAUGA